UUUCCUUUUGGGGGAGUAUGCCUGGGGCUUUGUUUUUGUGUGUCACUGUCACAAAUUUUCACAAGUAAAUCCCCAAUCGAUCGAUACGCAUCCCAAUCCGAUCGUUAUGAGCUACGUCCAGACCCUGGUGGACAUGGGCUUCCGCCGGGAGCGAGUGGAGUUCGCGCUGCAGGUGACCGGCAGCGAGGGUGUGGAGCCGGCGAUGGAGUGGCUGCUGGCCCAUCUUGACGAGGAGGUUCCGUCCGCAGGAGAGCGUAGAGCCGCAGGGGAAGGGGCGGCACCCUCAGCCAGUGGCAGCCAGGAGGACCCGGCACCCAGCAGCAGCGGCGGGGGCGGGGGCGGAGCCGGCCCUGGGGAGAACUCUGGCGAAUCGGCGGUGGCCAAGUCGGUGAAGUGCGACGACUGCGGCAAGGUGCUCAAGGAUCACUUGGAAGUCGAAUACCACGCUGCCAAGACCGGCCACAGCAACUUUUCGGAGUCCGCGGUGGAGAAGAAGCCCCUCAGCGACGAGGAGAAGGCGGCCCAGAUGGCCGUCAUCGCGGAGAAGCUCAAGCAGAAGCGCGUCGAGCGGGAGGAGCGUGAGAAGGUGGACGCCCUGGAGCACGAGAGGAACCGCAUCCGGCAGGGCAAGGAAAUGGCCGAGGCCAAGCGUCGCACGGAGGAGACCGAGAUGAAGAAGAUCGUGGAUGAGCGCAGGCGCGAGAAGGAGGAGGACAAGGAGGCCCGCGACCGGGUGCGUGCUCAAAUCGAGGACGACAAGGCCGCCCGCAGGGCCAGAGAGGCUCCACAGAUGCCCAGCAAGGAGCCUGCUCCCUCCGUCAGCUCUCCCAGCGGCGUCAAGUCGUCGCCGCGCGACUACACCGAGACCCGCAUCCAAGUGCGUCUGCAGGACGGCUCCACCCUCACCGAGACCUUCGGCGUGAAGGAGCCGCUGUCGGCCGUGCGCGUGUUCAUCCAAGCGAAGACCGGCAUCGAGACGCCCUUCGCCCUGAUGACCACAUUCCCGCGCAGGCUCUACGCCGAGGAGGACUACGGGCAGCCGCUGGAGGUGCUCGGCCUGGUCCCCACCGCCGUCAUCACCAUGACCAAGGCGGCUGCGUGAAGAGGGCGCGCGCUAUAUUCCCCCCUCCCCCCGAAACACAACACUUGAACUACGAUUUUAUAUUAUAUUAAAACUCUGACAGAUCCACUGUAGAGGUGGAGCCUUAAAGUCCGCCUCUCUGUUGCUUCCAGAAAGGGUAUUCAGAGUCCCACCCAACGCCUGGUCCUGGUUUUCCCAUCUCUUGGCUCUCUUCCAUCGUGCGUUUGCGUUUAUUUAUUUGCUUUUCCCCCAUUGCCCUGGGGGGCGGAGGCAGAGCGAACUGGGCGUGGCCCCCGUCCCGUGGGGGGUCUGGGAGCAAAUCGCUUUGUUUACGAUCAUUUUUCUUUUCAAUUUGCGCUUGGAUUUUCGUCCAAACUUUGCUUUUUGUUUGUUUGUCUUUGUCAUUUGCAUGGAAAACGGGUUUUGGCUUGGCUUUUUGUUGGUGCGAAACUUUUCCCAGAAACUUGUGGCUUGGAAAAAUGUUGGGAUGUUAUUAUCUAAUUAAUAGGUAUUAUUAGUGCUGCAUACUUUGCGGUUGCUCGCGGAAUCUCAAGUUUUUGCUUUAAAAAUGUAUGCUUGACAUUUCUUUUCUUUUUUUUUGCUUUGGCUUUUGAUUUUUUCUGUUUGUCAACGUCGCAGUUUUUUUUCUAUGGCGACGUGACCAACGCCACCUUCGACACUUGAGAGCGCGGAUCGGGAGCUUUGACUGAGAGCCGAAGCUUUGAUGCCCUUCCAUCACUCAAUCACACAUACAUUUAUACUUUAGGCCGAUUCACUCACAGACGAAUGUUUGAUGCUUAUUCUGUAGGUGUUUUGGAGACGCCGCCUUAUCUGCAUCAAAAUAAGAAUACCCUUUGCUAGGGUGCAGCCGUAAACAGCCGUUGUUGUAACUGGUUUUUCUCUGUGCCUUUGUCUUGCUCUUUGACUUUGCCUGCUGUACCGCUCUCUCACCUCGCGCACAGAGUCGCUUCUUUCUCUCUUAGCUAAUCAUCAUCGUGAUCAUCAUUAUGCUUAUCUUCGCUCAUCAUGAUCAUCUUCGUCGAGGUGGCGUCGGCAGAGACAUUAGCGGCGAUUAUCAGUGGGAAGCCACAACAACACAAGCGCGCGCUUCAGUUGUUCGCUCUCCCUCUCUCUCUCUUUCUCUCAAUCUCUGAUUGUGUAAAGGUAUAUUUGAAUAGAAGGUGCAGCUGUCUCGAUCUGCACUGCUUAUCUCCUACCGUAUAUGCAUACGGCGCUCUCUCGGCCUGGCUCACCUGCUAAUUGAAUAUACCUUUGUCUUCCCCCUCCCUCUAGCCCAGGGCCCACCAAGCCCCCUUUGUUUUAGUUUCUUUAUUUUAUGCUUAUCAACAAAGUUGCGAGAGAGAGCUUGAGCUUGAGCUUCAGCUUCAGCCGACCGACCCACUUGACGUUUCGGCUCUCUCAACAUUUGUUGUUUUUGGUUUUUUGUACCUUUGGCAGCGUUUUUG